UGCUGACAGUUCUGGUUAUAAAGUAAAAAAAUACCGUAUUUAUGAGUCAUAACCAAUGCAUGUGAUACUAAAUAAUAUAAUUUUCCUCAAAAAUUGCGUUUUAAAAAGAGAACUCACGUCAACGUGAUGUGAAUUUGACAUUUUUUGGAGCUUUUCUCUGUGAGAGAACGUUUUCCUUUACGAUGUACAUCGAGUAACCGACUUAUUCCCGCUCUCGCCUGUUUUUUUUUUUUCUUCGUUUUUAAUAACGAUGGCCAACGAAAUUCGCUAUGACAAUCGGAAUAUUGUGGAGAAAUACCUCAAUCACAAACUUUUAAAGAAAGGAUAUGAGUGGAAAUUUCAAUCUUCCGGGGAGGACACCAUCAAUACGGGAGUGGAGGACUCCUCUCCAAACUCUGACCGGAGGCUCCAAGCUCCCUCAGCCGGAGGGGGGAACAAUUCUGAAUGCCUGAUGGCAAACCGGGUCACACGUUCAGACCCUUAUUCGAGGAUCUACCGGGCGAUACGCGAGGCUGGUGACCAGAUAGAAAGGAUGUACCAGCGUGAAUUUGAGGAGAUGUCCCACCAGAUGACAUUCAGUGCCAAUGCAGCACAACGCAGCUUCUUAGCUGUGGCUGAAGAGCUCUUCAGAGACGGAGUGAAUUGGGGGCGGAUCGUCGCUUUCUUUGAGUUUGGUGGGACCAUGUGUGUGGAGAGCUUGAACCGGGAGAUGGCGUCCCAGGUAGAUAAUAUUGCACACUGGAUGACAGACUACCUGAACGGGCCACUGGAAAACUGGAUCGAGGAAAAUGGAGGCUGGGAUGCCUUCGUGGAGUUGUACGGUCAGCAGAGAGACUCUAUGUUCCACCCAUUGUCGUACCUAACAAAAGUGCUUGGAUUGGCAGCACUAGGCUUGGCAGGAGUGACCAUCGGAGCCUUUUUCGCUCAGAAGUGACGGCUCUGCGGGUUUCUUCACCAAACUAUCUCACUUUCUCUGCCUGUUUCUCCUCUUCAGCUUAUCAAAGCAUCUUUCAGCGCGCACUGCCCCGCUAAGCCCAGCACCAGUGCCCUUCAAAGGCCACCGCUGAUCCGAAGCCCCUCCAGCCACGGGAGCUGUGGCACUCACGCUCUUUCACCCUCUCUGGAGUGAAGAAAUCGCAAAGAAAAAGAAUACAGAAUGAGGACUCACAGGAACGCUCUCACACUUUGACUAUGAUGCUCGUCAUGCCAUGUACAGUUGCACUCGCACGGAGAUUGACACACAAAACACGUGCACACACGAACACUUGCUCACAUACUUCAUACGUAUGCAAAAAUACAACAAAAAAAAAAGAACGUUUUAUCUUUGAAGUUUGUUUCUUUUGUACGAAACUAGUACAAAGAUAUUUUUAAACUUAAGAUUGUGCUUUUUGACAUUUUGAUAUCAGGUUUUUUGGCAUUUUGUAGCAUGAACAAAAAAACUUAAAAAAAAAAAAAAAAGAGAGAGAGGAAGGUAAGAAAGUUUGCCGGCGUGAAUGUUAAUAACUUCUCCACUAUCUGCAUGUGUGGGGAAAAGAGACUCUUUAAGCUACUUUUUUAUUGCAUGAUGGCAUUUUGAACUUGACCACCCACCCUUACUGUUUUGAUUCAGGAUGUUUUUUUGUUUUUUUUCUGUCUUUCACUCCAUUGGAUGGACCUCUUGAGAUCUCCCGUCAAACCAACAGAUGUUGAGCAUUCCUCAUUAAAAAGUUCCUCUUUGAUUUGCUAUGUGUCUUGGUGAGCAACCAAACCAAAGCAGCUAUCAUGAUGUAAUCGGGUCAUGGAGUUGUUUGACCCAAAUCGCCCCUCUUGAAUGUAAAGACAUUUGGAAAUUUGGCUUCUGAAAGGUUUCCCAUUGUAUAUUGUAAUUCAUUUGCUUUUUUCUUCUUUGUAUAUAUUUUUUCUAUUAUAUGUGCAAAAUGAGUUAAAAGAGCAAUUUUGAGGGUAUUGUGUAUGUAUAAUGUCCGUGUACAUUUAGUGUGAGUUUGUGUACAUCUGUAAAUAGAUUGUGUUGAGAGAGCUGAACUUUGCUGUGUUCUGGUGGAGAACACGGGCAGCCCGCCACUUCUGUCCAGCCCAGCCAGGUGUGUGUGUGCGUCUUCAGAUGAAACAGGCAGGUGGCAGCUGGGAACAGAAGUGUAUUCUGGCUGGUAUGAUAGGCAUGCAGGCCAGCAGGGCUUUGAAAAGACUUUGUACACAACGGACUAUGUAAUACACGGCCCAUGUGUAUCACUUUUCCCUCCUCGCCGCUCCCAAUGUUAUCUUUCUGGCAUGGUAAAUUACAGAUGCCUUGUGAGCUAUAGAUUUUUGGAUGCCCCCACAACCAAAGAAAUCCAAUCCGUCUGCUGUAACUUCCGCCCCAGAGAAAGUCUCAUCUAGUGCUAUCUCUCAACUUCCGUGUUAUGUUCCUCUGGGAGAGUAGAUUUCUCAUUCACAGGAAGAUACUGAGACACCAGCUUGUCCUAAUGUCUUUUUUCCUCCCUCGGAUGUUCAUUAAAGUCAUUGAUAUAGAUUUAGCACUCUGCAUCUCCAUGUCAGGGCAAAAGCCCACUGAGACCAAACAAAGAUUAUGACCAACAAUGUUCUGCGUUUAGUAAAAUUUGUUUCAAUAGUUUGUUAAUAUAUGAGCCAUAUGCUGGAAUCUUGAUAAAAUAAGAAUAAUUUAUAGCGAGUGCAAGGUUGUGCAAAAGGUGACAUUGGAAUUAAGUUUGUGAGUGUGAAUUGGAUUUGAAUUUUCUAAAUUGUCCCAGCAAGCAUUCCUUUUUCUUAUUAAAAGAUAUACUCAUAAGAAUUUCUUUGAAUUUCUGUUUAUUUGAAUUCUACUUUGUUCAUUUCAAAUUCCGGAAUGACAUUAAAAACAUGCUAAAUUCAAUUUUAAAUGGCGCACAACUGGUACAGUGUUUAGACUUCAGUCAAAGUGGACAGCAUAUUUAAUGUGGCAUGAAUAGAAAGGAGUCUGAAGGAUUGAAGUAAAUAAUUGGAUGUCGAAUUUACUUACUUAUCAUUUUUUGUCCACUUGGGCUAAACAGCCCUUAUUAUACAAGAGUACGACAUAAACAAACUGUACUUCUUUCCAUCACAGUCUCAUUGUCAUUCAAGUCAAAACUCUUAACUAAGAAACCAUAUCAGGAUCGACUUUAUCUAGUCUAUCUCGAGUGUGUAGCGGUACAGAUUAAACAUUCACUAUCUAAUAGUGUACUAUAUUGCUGCACCCUUUAUCGGGUGGUGCAGGACUGUAUUAGAAUAUGUUAAAGGGAGUUUUUAGGACUCACACUGUAAGAUCAUUUUACGUUAGCUGCUAAAGAUCUAGCAAUUUAAGACGAUAGGGUGUGAAGUUGAGCUUCGCCCUGUUGCUGCACCAUAUGAAGCUGCUCGUGGAUGAACCAGCGUAUAACUGCCACUGCUGGAGCGGAACUAGUCCAUCCACUCCUUAGGUCUCGCUUUCCCUCUGGUUAGGAGAAGCUGAGAAGUCUAUUACAAUCAGACUCUAGAUGCACCUACUUGAGUCUAAGAGGCCUUUUGUAUUCGAUUAAAUAGCAUCAAUCGCUUGAAAAAAGCGAUUUUCAGUUUCAGUUUGCGUCAAAUUGUUCUGCACCUUUAAAAAAGCAAUGCCUCUUCAACAAGUGUAAUAGAGCAGUGAUUGUUUGUCGGGGAAAUUGUUUUAUGUGGAAAAAGAGACUAAGAAGUCGGAUGUGUGUAUGACUCACAAGUUUCUUAUGUAGCGGUGUGUGUAUACAUAAAAAUAUUUCGCAUUGUAAAGUGCCAUUCAAACAGAAUGCAUUUUUGCGUUUAAAAACACAAGACACAGGAAAGUGGAAUGGAAAAACCACAAUGUAUAGAACUUUUUUUAGGAUGUCAUAUAAUGAACGAGACACGAACGCAACAAUCAAAUGCAUUUGUCUAGUGUUUGUCUAGGCUGCUCUAGUUUACAUAGAAGACAAUUAAAAAAAAUAAAAAUUAAUUAGUUUACUGCAAUGCAAAGAUGUGUUCUGUGUGAAUGGCCCUUAAAACUGUGUCUUAACCAUGAUAAAGCAAAAUCCCACUCCAUAUAACUGCACAUGAAAGCUGAAGUGUGUCAUUCGCUAGACUGAGUUGACUGUUUUUAAACAGGUUUCCCAAGCACUCUGCCUGGAAACAAAUCAAUAGCCCCGCCCCCAAACACACCCAUUGGCUGAACCAGUGUUGUUGGGCAGGUCAAGAUGUUCAAACAAACAGAUCAAUAUUUUGAAAACACCACAGAGCUGCUGUGUUUCACUUUUUAGAGAACUCAAAGUAUGAUUGUCUUCCUAAUAAUUGUUUAACAUUAAAGAGUCACACAUUUCAGCUUUAAAAAUGAAAAAGGGUCUGGCCGGAUCUGGCAUUACACAGAAUUUUCCUGAAUUAAAUGAUGCUGGAAAAGUCAUGUCAGGUUAGGACACGGUGUGAGAGAAGGCAGGGAAAAACAGUAGGUGAAACUUGGUUUAGCCCCAGUGUCAAUAUUAAAUUAAAUUUAAAGUAAUUAACUUUUUUUAAAUAUAAAUUAUCUAUUUACAGAAAAAUGAUCAGAAUUCUGAAUGUAAAAAUAGGAUCAGCUCUGAUCAGCUAAAGCACUCACUUUCAAAGUCAAAUGCAAAAAUGGAAAAACUCCCUCUGACAGUUCAUUCAUUUUCGUCAUACAGAUGGAAAGAGGAUGGGCCUUUGUUUCAGCUCACGUUCUGUCUAAUAAAUAUGGAAGUGAUAUUUAAACUGCAACAUGAGGGGUUUUCCCUUCCUCCAUCUGGAAUAGUGGUGUUCCAGUGAUCUGUUAAAAGUUCAAUUGCAGACACUGCCUCCAUGGUUGCACUGGUUUGCUGUUUAACCAAGUUAUUUACAUUUUGCACGUGUGCAUUCUUUCAUCUCCAGCGAUACAGCUUCAUUUUGCUCGAGUUUCUGUGCGAUUUUCAUAUUGUGUUCAAUAUAAAUGACUCAUUUUGGUGUCUAUUCUGAAAUAAACCCCCGUGCCCCAUCACUUCAAAUGGAAAAGAUUAUCAAAAUGUUUUUUUUUUUUUUCUUCUUCGGCAGCUACUAUACUAUAUGCAUUAUUACAAUACCACUUUCCUUUAAGAAAAAAAAAUCGAUUUUCUGCUCCGAUUUCUUUGCUUUCUUUCAUUUUAAUGACUUUGCUGCCAUACCUUCCCUCAUAUAUCAUAUAACCAUUAAAAUGUAGCAAAAUAUCCAGAGGAUUUUAAUAUAGAGACAGGAGUUUAUAUUUGAUUUCCAAAUUCUCAUUUUUCCACCAUUAUCCUUUUUGUCUUUUUAUGUUGUACAUUCUGUCUUGUAAGCCCUCAGCAUGUAGCAUUCAGAAGCAAUUGUUCAUGAUUUUUUCUUUCUCUUUUUAAUUUAUCCUCAUAGCACUUGUGUGUUUUAAAUGUGUCAAUAUAAUUUUUUUUGUACGUAUCCAUGUCAUAAGCUAACAGUUAUGUGUCCUAAUUAAAUAAACCUUGCCUUAUCAUCUGAGAA